GUGGUAACCAUUCAAAGUUUUCGUUGAUUAUGUGGCAAGAGAACAUACACGUGCUAAAUAAUUAUUGAGUAUCACUAUAUACGUCAAUGCCUAAAGUUGCUAUACUGUAUAAUUAUUAUGAUUACGAAAAAAUCAACAAUUUAUUGCACUCAAACUGAUGUAAAUAUUCCUUCCUUGCUUGUCAAUGUGAAACUUAUAAUGCUCAGUGUCCACUUCUAGCAGAUUUAAAAUUGUUUUAUAAGUGAGUGAUAAAUUCUUGUCCAAUAGCUCAAAAUCAUCCCAGCAUUUGUCUGUCAUUACGCACAAUCUUCUGCAGUUGUUAUCUGCGGAAUCUUUGGUUCGUCGCUGCAGAUAUUCUUGCAAGUCCUUCUUGUAACUCGGAUAUAAGCAGCUCACAAUGUGAUAGUCAUUCAGCCAACUUUUUCUAGUUGUGUCCACUAGUAACGUAUUGUUGGUAUCAUGCUCUUUUGAAUUCAUCUGCUGUUGCAUUGCAUCUAUAGAACAUGAGUGCUGUCGUUCAACUGCAGUUGUUUUCCUCACCGAGAACAAGUGCUUAUCGAACUGAAUUUGGUAUUUUCUGGUCUCAAUCACAUCCUGUCUAAAGUCGAUAAUAGAACCAGUACCAUUUUUCAUUUGUUCCAUUUAAUUGGCCAUCAUAAUUAUAGCUAUUCUGUACAGUCCACUCUCUGUGAAUUUUCUUUUUAUACCUUGUGUGGGCUUUCAGUUAUUCCCCUAAAUUCAAAUACUAAUUCCUUUUAUGCACACAUUCCCACGUACAAACCCAUAGCAUUACUAUGCCGGAUGUUUAUACAGCAUUCAUAAAAUUGCAAUCAUUAUAAUGUGCUAAUAAGGUAAAAUCUGAAAUGAUGAGCAAGCAUAAUUAUAGAGACCGCAUUCACGUUAUUGGGGUGAUUUGAAAGAAUAGAUUAUAGCUGCUUAAGUUGAAGAUGUCAGAGAGUGAUAAAGGUUGUACAUGUUGUAUGAUCAGCUGUAAACAUGCAUAUUAUGAUGAAAUGCCAUGCAGUGAGAAUGUAAGUUUCGAAGAGUUAGAAGAAUUAUCAGAGAAGACAAGAUCAUUAAUCCAUAAUACAGAGGUUCGGAAAUUAGUACAAAAGUUCUUACAACGAUUAUCAAGAACUAUGAAAAAUACUGAAUUUGUAGCAUUCAUGAACCAGCCAAGUGUGACUCUUCUAUCAGGAUCAGAACAGGUGUCUGCAUCGUGCUCAGCUGUGCAAGCUAUUAAGAUUCACUCGGAACAGUUUCAGUGGUUUAAGCUAGUUCAACUUCAAAACUGUGUAGAAAUUCUCAACAAUUUUACUGUGUUACAAAUAGCAACACUAGGGAAAAUCCGACAUUACGUUUACUCAUACAUUGAACAUGGAAGAACAGAGUUAUUAGUGAACAGUAAAGUUGCCUUCAAAAUAGAUCCGAUGUACAAAUACUUUCGAAUGAUCGAUCGACAUUUACUGGAAGAGUGUAUUACUACUUACUACCAUGAUCUUUUUGGACUAACUUCAAUAUCCUUUCAGUAUUUGCUAUUAAAAAAAUAUGAGUCGUCCUUCAUUGGUACUCAUCCUGUUUCGGAGAGUCUCUACGACAGUGAUCGUAGUUCAUUUGUGAUGGAACAAAAGCGAAGAGUUUGUAAUACUGAGUCUGUCACAGGUGUCGAUACACAAGUGUUGGAGGUUUCUACAAGUUAUUGUCUGGAAUCUAACAUGAAGCCUUUUGUUAACAUAGCUAAACCCUAGCCUUGAUCCAGGCGAACAACUAGUUGUUCGCCUAACCGUUAUAAAAGCGAAAACUGGGAUCGAGGCUAAGCUAAACCAUAGAUAAACGAACAGAUAUCUGUUUGUUUAUCUAUGGCUAAACCCUAACACAGUGGCAGAUUCUAACACUGGUUGACCCUCAUCUUAUCGAUCUAGAUCUCAAAUAGCCCAAAUGACAUUAAUAUUUUGCUGUGUGUAGAUCAUAUUAUGUCAAUAGAUCUACAUGUAUGUAUACAUACACAUUAGCAAUGGUCACAGUUUUUUGCCAAUACUGAAUUUUGUUGAUAUUGACGCAUGCGCAGUGUGUAAACAAACGUCAGGUGGAAAUUGAUUUAAUGUCUUCUUCAAGACUCUAUAUUUCCAAGCUACCAAAUUUCUCCUCCUUGGAAGUUUAUGUGGCCAACUAUGAGCUGUCUACAGAUGGACCUGCUUUACAACUACUAAAAUCAAAGUGCAGGGAGGUGGCUCGCUCUGACUCUGGACUGCUGGUCUCCCCCACUCACGAGGCACUGAGAACUCCCUUUGGGUCACCUCCAGAGCUGUCGCUAUGGAUUGUGUCUAAGGCUGGUUACAUAAAAAAUCCAAAGACGGCUAAAAUUCUGAGCAAUCUUCAAUUGAAAUUACAAAGAAAGGUAGUGCUGAAUCACACCAUACUCCAAGCUUGCUAUCACUUCACUCUGGUCGCCCGCCUGGCCCCUAAGUGGAACAGAGUCCUCUCAUGGCUCCUACAGGGUUGUGAGUUUUUAACAAAAGGAAAAGGGCAAGGGAUUGACUUACAAGUUGGGCUGACUAAUGAGGAGAUAACGGUCACUCUCUCUGUGUACAAGUUCUCGUUUAGUCUGAUGAAGGUGGAAGACCUACUGACAACGUCUUCUCUGCUCAACACCUUCAGGACGGAUCCCCAGUGUGUUAUCAAUGAAGGCAGUAUCUACAAUAAUAGGUGCUUUCUGCUACCUAAUUUCACUGUGGGCUACAUCUACUCCACCUCUCACUUCCUUACCCCUGGCACAGAGUUCCAAAGCUAUGACCAAGUUAGGCUACACUGGAAGAAACAGCAUGGUAUUAUUCUUCCUGAGAGGGAGAAUCUCUUCUACCAGGUGUUCUUUAAAGGGAACCCAAGAAAGUUUUUCAGUUACCCAGGCAGCUGUGUGUACAAGAACAAGCCGAUCCACUUCCCCAGCCGAGACACUGACCAGGUCGCCACUGCAUUCAUAGCAGACUUACACGCCCGACUACCGACUGUAUGUGGUGAUCAAGUGCGAUACUCGAGUCGAUCCCUAACCCCCUACGCUAGUCUACAACCAUCAACAACCCAAGGACUCUCACACGCCAAUCUAAAGAGACUGCCCCCACCAAAACAGACGUAUGCUCCUGAAGACAUUCCACCCCAUCUUCGCUCCAUUCCGAAACCAAAACAAACUCAAGUGGUUCCGAAUAUUCGUAUUCCACAACAGUUCACAGGACCUCGUGUUGUACCUAUAUUCAAGUGUAAAGUGACAGCACCUUCAGUAAACAAAACAGUAGCUCCUCAGGCAAAACCUAAGGCUCCUAUCGUACCAAUAUUCAAGCCUGUUUCAAUGGGAACAAAUUCUCAGUUGCUAGGCAAGAGGCAGACAGUGAAAAACUCGGUAACUGAAGCUACAAAAAGGCCAUGUUUAGAGCCUAUAGUUACAACUCAAACAACAGUACUCAAUGCAUGCGUACAGCAAACACAGUCUCAAACUAUUCUCAAGAAAUCAGUACAUCAAUUGAGCACCAAGAAACGACGAGCCCCUCAAUCAACCACCAAGAAGCUUUUAACUACUAACAAACCUACACAACAAGUACUGCCCCCAAACAUUCGAGAAGUCCUAACCACAUCGCAGUCAAGAAGUAUGCAGCCAACACACACCAAUCAAACAGUUCCUGAUCUGAACUACUCUCUACUGGGCAAGCUCAACGAUGACUUUGAUUUCCUCCCAAGCAAAGCACCCACACUCAACAAAGGAGUAAAGCAUACUCAAUGCAAUACUGCAAGCACUGGAGCCAUGUUCACUGGAGUCAGCCCAGACCUUGUGAAAAAGGUCAACAAGACCAAGGCAGCCGGUUUGAAAAAGUGGCUGUUAGACAAUGGGGUCAAGUGUCGCAGCAAAGAAAAGAAGGAAGAUCUUGUGAGAAUGGUUGUACAGCAUAUCACAUCGACUGGCAAGAACUUUGAACUUACUGUCUAAACUAGUACCUAAAAUCAUGUUCAUUAUUAUCAGAUUCUGUUUCACAACAUUAUUAUACGACUUUAUCCCAUCAUUAUAUUUACAUCAGUCAUUUCAAUCUACGUUGCAACAAUCCUUUGCUUGAAUUGACGCAAA